UUACUUUUCAUGAUUCAUUACCUCCCUUCCCCCACACUUAACCAACUAACACCACCACUAUACCUACUUUGUUACCAUAUCUGCUUUUGUCCUUGCACUUAAAGAAAACUAAGUCUUAGCCACCCCCUCCUUUAACUUCUUUCAUAAAUAUUGUUACAAUUGUUUGAAAUUGCAACUAUAGAUUGUGUUCCUUAGUUAAGCAAACGAAGAGAAAAUGAGUACAGCUAGAUUUAUCAAGUGUGUAACAGUUGGGGAUGGUGCUGUAGGAAAGACAUGCAUGCUUAUAUCCUAUACAAGCAAUACCUUUCCCACAGAUUAUGUUCCAACUGUGUUUGAUAACUUCAGUGCUAAUGUAGUGGUGGAUGGUAGUACAGUUAAUCUUGGUUUAUGGGAUACUGCAGGACAAGAAGAUUACAAUAGAUUAAGGCCUUUGAGCUACAGAGGAGCUGAUGUGUUUUUGUUGUGCUUUUCUCUCAUAAGUAAAGCAAGUUUUGAGAACAUUUCCAAAAAGUGGAUAUCUGAGCUGAGACACUAUGCUCCAAAUGUGCCUAUUGUGCUGGUGGGAACAAAAUUGGAUUUGCGAGACGACAAACAAUUUUUUAUUGAUCACCCUGGAGCUACAAGAAUAACAACUUCUCAGGGUGAAGAAUUAAAGAAAACUAUUGGUGCAGUCACUUACAUUGAGUGUAGCUCUAAAACACAGCAGAAUGUGAAGGUAGUUUUUGAUGCUGCAAUAAAGGUUGCAUUGAGGCCACCAAAGCCAAAGAAGAAACCGCGUAAAAGGACAUGUACUUUCCUCUAAUUUGGAGGAAUCGGAUUCAGUACAGUUACGCAGUCAAUGAUAUGUAACUGUAACUGUAACUGAGAUCGAACGAUUCUAUAUUUUAGCCAACGUCAUUUAUAUAUAACAGAAUUGAAACUAUAUGAUUCAAUAUUUUGUUUGUGAUUCUAAUAUAUAAAAAAAGAAAGUCUUAGGGUUAAUGGAUGUUACAAGUGAAUAAUUAUUGAAUUAAUUAUUUUUCUUUUAGUGCUCUUGUUUUAGUAGUCAUAUUUCACAAACUCUAGUAACAGAGGCUUCCAAUUUGAAAUUAA